CAGGAGCCGGGCCGGAGGGGGCGCCAGGCUUCGGCGGCUCUGGACCGUGUGAAUUCUGCCGAGGGGCUUGGGAGAGGCCGGCGAGGGCGACGAGCUCCGAGCCUGGUGCCUGGUGACGGCGCAGGGCAGCGCGGGCAGGCCAUGCCCCGGGACGCCCCGUCGCUGUGGGAGCUGGUGGAGGAGCAUGUUCCGCUCCCAGAGCGGCUCGAAGUGAAGCGGAUUCUGGGGGAGACCACGGUGGAACUGAGUCGGGAGCUGCGGGCAGAGUUCUCAUUGCAGGUGGCGACGCUGCGGUCAUUGCUUCAGGAGACUCGGGCCUCCCACACCCAGAGCUCCCGCCCCACCUCCGACCCCUGGUCCCUCCUGGCACCUCCGCCUCUCCUAAGGGACUUAGUGCGCCAGGAACUCCGGCAGCUGCUCCAGGGUCUCCACCAGAAGGCCAUCUGCGAGGGCAGGGACACAACCCAGGCUUGGGUCCAGUACAGCCCCAGUGUCCUGCACUUUGCCUUGGAGGCGCCCAGGUGGGAUGUGCCAGAACAGGAGAUACUCCCGAUGAAAACUGGUGAAUCCAGGCAUGGGGGAGGCGACGCGAGGAGAGUGAUGGCCACUUCAGCUGACAGCAGCCAUCUCAGGGACCUCAGCACCAUGAAGGACCAACUGAACGUGUCUGACAUUGACCAAGUUGCCGGGCACCUGCGGGGCCUCCUGGAGGAGGAGUGUCGCACCUUGGAGAGGGAGAUCCCGGUCCUGCAGCGCUGCCUGGAGGAGGAGUACACGGGGCCACCCCAGUCCUCUGAGGCAACCGUAGAGCCCACCCUGGCAGAAACUGCCUUCUUCAGAGCUAAAGGAGCAGAAGGCAGCCAUGCAACAGGAGCUGCAGGCGCCUCUGAUGCCAUCCCGCAUGUCCCCCAGCCACAGGUGGCAGCCGUCCGGGCCCAGCCAGAGCCUCAGACCCUUGCCCUGUCUCCGUGGGACUGCGGGAGUUUGGGCUGGGCCACUCCAGGGCCACCUGCCCGCUCCUCCUCUGGAGAGCUGCCCCCGCCCCAGAGGCCCAUCUGCCACCUGCCGCUGGGGACGGAGGCUUCAGUGCAGCCCCAGGACAAGGCCAACUUCUACUCCAAUGUCCAGUGUCGUGCCCCAGGCCCCAAGCUGAGGGGCUGGCCAUGGAGCAGUCUCCAAUUUCUGCCGGAACUCACCCCAUCUGCUGCUGCCCUCUCAGCUGCUAUGGCCCAGCCCCCUCAUAUCCAGCCUUGGGUGGAUUCUCACCGGGACUCCAAGACUCAUUGUAUCAGGCCCUCACCCCAGCCCCAAGCCCAGCUUCUGGCCAGACCAUCAAAGCCUGUGGCCUUUCUCCUCCCAGGCCUCCACAAAGACCUGGCAGGCAGAGGUCUCAUCCCAGCCCUGACUCUUGUCCCCCUGGGGGAUUCAGACAAAGCACAGCAGCAGCUCAGAGACAGGAAUAGAAAUUUCAUUAAAAUCUAUGGACUUUAAAAUCCUAGUGGUGC